AACGGCAAUAAAGCAAAUUCAAUUGUGACUGCGGCUGUCAAACAGUUCUUGCGUGGCGUGUACAGUAUCGAAUUUUCCCCCUUAACUACUCGUACUACAUCGUAGGCCGUGCGACGCAGCAAUUUUUGCAACUGCACAGACGGAACGGAACUGAACGAAACGACACGAAACGAGCUACAUUAAAAUGGCUUUGAAUGGCUUUGGUCGACAGCAGCAGCAGCUUGGACUUGGACGCCGCCUUCGUCGUCCUGUCAGUGCAGCCGUCCUCUUAAUCGCCUUGUCGCUGCUCAGCGAGCCGCUGAUGCUGCCACCGGCUGCGGCGCAGCGUGACGAGAACUAUCCACCGCCGGGCAUAAUGAAAAUGGCCAAGCCCUUCCACGAUUCCUGUGUGGAGAAAACGGGCGUCAGCGAGGCGGCCAUCAAGGAGUUCAGCGACGGGGAGAUACACGAGGACGAGAAACUCAAGUGCUACAUGAAUUGUUUCUUCCACGAGAUCGAAGUGGUCGACGAUAAUGGCGAUGUACAUUUGGAAAAACUUUUCGCCACCGUUCCACUCUCCAUUCGCGAUAAGUUGAUGGAAAUGUCCAAGGAUUGCGUGCAUCCCGAGGGGGAUUCGUUAUGUCAGAAGGCCUGGUGGUUCCAUCAGUGCUGGAAAAAGGCCGAUCCCAAGCACUACUUCUUGGUUUGAAGCUCUACUGCUCUACUGGUUCUCGGACUAGCCCAUUGAUGGCCUCCAAUAUUUAUAUACGGGCAGAAGCCUAGUUUUAAAUAAGUAGUUCUUUUUCAUAGCUGUUGAGUAAUAAACGUAGACGAGUUGCAUGCAAG